GUUGUUUCUAAGCUUCGAAGCGACAGUGGCGCAAAAGCUAUUGAAUAGAUUCGUAAUGAGUGUUAUUUUAUCAGUAGUCUUGCUCACACUGUGUGCACCAAUUGCUUAUGUUGGUUAUGUAGUUUACAAAAAAGGCAUCAAUAUAAAGGAGGUUCGUAUAAACAGCGUUGAUGACGCCAAGCGCCUGCUGACACCUCCAAGAACUGACCGACCAAUAAAGUAUCUACAAAAGGCUGCAUGA